CAGUCAAUUCGACGAUGCCGCCGACACGAGUUGUCCAGGUGUUCGAGUGCCCGACGAUCUCGUCCGGCCGGCGUGAAGCUGUGCCGCGGACGAAAAAGAGCCAAGGUGAGGAGUUGUCAAGAAACCAGCAAGUCGAUGAGCAGUUCAAGAAGGCUGUCGACGACGUCCGUGGCUUCAAUAUGAAGAACGCCACUGGCAAGGACAAGAAGAAGAAGGAAUUGGAGCGCGUAGUUGCCCUGGGAGGAAAGGCGCCGAAAUCCACAAAGAUGCCGUACAAUAUCAUGAUGGCCAUUGAAAAAAAGGGUGCCCAGCGACUAGAGAAACGCGUGAUUGAGGAAAAAGCGUCUGGGGUCGUUCACGGCAAGAAGCUCCAGGCCAAAGUGUCCAGGCGGCCCAAGUCCGACGCUGGCACGCAGGCCACGAAAGGACGCUUCAAGAACGGUGUCCUCUUCGUGUCCAAAAAAGAUCGAUGAGCUGUGUCGCCCUAUGAUAGCAACAAUGGAGUUUUCGCCCACUCGUUGUAG